ACAGCUCUGACUGUACUCUUUCCUCUGCCCGACGUCUGGCCCAAGUCAUACGUUCGCCUGCUUGUGCCUACUGCCCGCCUUAUUUGGACUGUUUGAUCUGGUAACACUGUUUCAAAGCGAGAAAAUUACAGGCAAAUCAGAGUGCCCUCCGUGCAUUUGCCCAUCGUGUAGACCCCCACCUACAGCCAGAGCCCAACACAGCUGACCUGCCCCACAUGGAUUAACUACUGACCACCCAUCCCACCGCCAUCUGUUGUGUCCUGCUGGAAUAGUGAGUAACUGGACUUGUACCCUUGUGUUGUGUAUGUGUGCUUAUGCAAAUAUUUCUUCCCCUCCCACCAUCCCUCCAUCCUGUCCUUAUCCUGGCCAGAUUGAUAAGAGGAAGUGAAGAUGAUGUGCACAGAGGGAGGAGGAGGAGGAGGAGGAGGUGGUGGUGGUGGUGGUGGUAGUGGUGGUGGUGGUGGUGGUGGUGGUGGUGGUGGUGGUGGUGGUAGUGAUGGUCCGCCCAGGAAAGUUCUCAGACUGGAAUUAUCAGAGUUGGAGGAAGACGAGAGGGAAGAAAGAGGAAGUGAAGAAGAUGAAAGAACACCUCAAGAUAAUUGCUGGGAUUGGUCUGCAGGUGGCAUUGGUGGUGGCAGAGCAUCAGGUGGUAAUGAGAUGCUGGCUGACUCAGGAUAUGAAGGCUUCCAGCUUCUAGACGAGGUGCAUGGUGGUGAUGACAAUGAUGACCAGGAUGGCCAAGACUCGGAGGAGGACUACGAUUCGGAGGUCCCUGAAGAGGAGAUUGAUGCCUUGCUGGAGGAGGGGCUGCCGGAGGAGAUGAAGGGACCACGGAAGAGAAGGAGAGAGGCACUUCUUGGAGAGGGAGAAGAUGCACCCUAUGAUGAGAGGCAGAAGAUUGUGCUUGUGGAGAAGGGCAGUAAUCACUUUGAGGUGCUACCAGAAGGAUGGGUGCAGGUGACGCACAACAGUGGCAUGCCUGUCUACCUUCACAAGCAGUCCAGAGUGUGCACCAUGUCCAAACCAUACUUCCUUGGACAAGCCAGUGUUAGGAAACACGACAUCCCUUUGAGUGCCAUCCCAUGCCUCCAGUAUCUCAAAGCCCUGGAUUUUGAGCAGUCUGGAAGGGAGGAAGACAAGGAGAAUGGAAAGGCAAGAGAGAUUGAGCAAAAUACUGGAGAACAUACCACCACCACCACUACCACAGCAGCACCACCAAAUCCAGCACCACCACCCCCACCAGCACCUCCUGUAGGAUCAUCUGUGAUGGAGAACGGGGUGGAUGGUGGCAGAAUAUGUGGUGGUGGCACUGUUGGGCGGAGUGGUGGCAGUGGAUGUCCUAUGAGUGGCAGCAGUAAUUCUCUGGCAGCGGCUCUGGCACUCACUACCACAAAGGAAGGAGCAGCGCCACCCUCCAGUCUGAUGGUAGGCAAUGCAAAGAUAGAGACAGCUGUGGAGAAUUUGCAGCAACAGUCACUGGAGGCCGGAGAGCUGCGGGACUACUGUGAGAGGCGCUUCCUGUUCAAAACCAUCAAGAUUAUUAGGUUCAAGUCUUGGGCAGAGAGGCGGCGGUUUCAGAAGUUGAGCAAGAAGAAGGACCGGCCACAGCUCCCUGAAGGCACCAAGCUCAUCUCCCUCCGCAGACAAGAGGAGGAUGGUUCGUGCACAGCCAGCAGCAAGAAGGAGUGGAUCAUGAACCCGAAAGGCAAGAGCUACGUGUGCAUCCUUCAUGAAUAUGUCCAGCAUGCCCUCAAGAAGCAACCCAAAUAUGUGUUCAAGGAAGUGGAAAAUGCUGCCACUCCUUACGCUGCCACUAUCAUUAUUAAUGAGCUUCAGUACAGCACAGGGUAUGGCAGCAGCAAGAAGCAGGCCAAGACCGAGGCAGCAAAGGCUACUCUAGAGAUCCUCCUUCCUGAACUUGGAGAGAAGAUCAGAGAAGAAUCCAACACUAAGGAUGAUGCUGAUCUUUCAUUCUUUGAUGAGAUCCGAAUCGAGGACCCACGCGUGCCAGAGCUGUGCAACAAGACCAGUGAACUCUCCCCAUACUCCAUCCUGCUCAACUGUCUACAGCGCAACUUUGGUCUCAAUGGUGCUAACAUUGACUCCCGCUUGGUGACACAGAAGAACCAGAAGAAUGAGUUUGUGAUGAGUGUCGGCAAGCACACGGUACAGGUGCAGUGCAAAAACAAGAAGGAUGGCAAGCAGAGGGCAUCACAGGCCAUCCUUCAGAAGCUACACCCACACAUCAGCAGCUGGGGGUCAUUGCUUCGUCUUUACGGCAACCGGUCCAUGCAGACAAUGAGAGAGAAGAAGGCAGAGGAGCAGGAGAUAACAUUACUGCAGUCCAAUGCCACGGUGAACCAGCCCAACACUUCCAUCAUCAACAAACUGAAGGAGGAAAUGCUCAAGCUGCAGGAAAUGAAGAACUCCAUCCAGCCCAUUGGAAAGUUCCUACCGCCAGAGGAUGUGGCACUGCCGUCCGCUUCGGGGAUUGACCUCAACAAUGUGGACCUCUAGAGCUUCCAUUCAACCACACCAAGGACACCACUGGGCUAGGGAGGGAAACAAGGGGUCAGGUCACCAAUAAGGCAUUGUGAUAGAACACUUAGUCAGGUUAUCAUGAGGUCAUCACAGCUCAGUCAAAGUCCAGAUUGCUAGAAGAAUAUGAGGUCAUAAGUUGUUAAGUUUGAGUCUUUUUGUCUUGUCCAUUUUUUUUUUUUUUUAGCUAACUUGCAAUAAUUACCCCUAAUUAAUGAAGGUGAAGUGAGUGUGAGUCAGUUUGGGAAGGAGGAAAGGGUUACAGUCACAUCAUGAGAUCACAACUUUUUUAUCAGGUUACCUUGGUAGUGUUCUCACUUUUGUGUAUGUAUUUAGACAAGUAAACUGUUGUAGUUAUGAGCAUGAUAAGUUUGUAAGGUAUUUUAUUUAAUUUAAAUUUGAAUUAAUUGUUUAAUUGACUAAUAAUGCACCACAACAGUGGGAUGGUGUGGUGUGUGGUGGUGUGUGGCUGCUUGCUUGUGCUGUUAUGAAGAGUGAGAUGUGUUGUAGGCCAGGCCACAGGAUGGUGUUUGGUGGCAGGCCAUGUCCUCUGCAAUCCUGUGCUCUGGGGAUAGUGCAAGUGUGUAGGCAUUCCAUAAAGCUAGUUGUAUUAUGUUUUGACGAAGGUGUUCAGCUUGAUUUAAAGUGGAGUAUCAGUGCUCUUGAAGGAGAAUGUUUAGAUUAAUGUAAACUGGCAUGUCUGUGACCAUUAGUUCUCGGUCUUUUUAUUUAAUUGCUUUAUUUGACACGGCACAUCAAGUCUGCUGCCUCCACUCGUAGCACUGUGUUGUUGUCAUGGCUCCCUGGACUAUUACUUCUUGUAUGCUGGCAGCUCCUCAUUACACACCAACAGUUGACAUUCCUCCCCAUUGUAGGUGAUUGACUCUCACGGUUGGAAAGCCACUAUAUCCCCCAAGGGUAACCACUGGACCAACCUCAUGCCUUACAGGUUUAGCUUGAUGUCAAAUAUAAGGUGAGGUUCUAUUGUGAUAGUCUGUGUGAUGCCACCCUUGUCUUAUCUCCUUCCCUUACACACUUUUAUAGGGGACUGCCUCACCAUGCUUGUUGAUAAACUUUUAAAUUGUAUUAAUAAAUUGAUAAGCUGUCAGGGUUGAAUUAAGACACUGCUAAGAUCAGAAUCAGAAAAUACCGAGGUAGAAACACAUGACACUCAAUACAGAAAACAUUAUGGGACAAAUUGAGCAUUAGGAGAAAUAGACUCUUGCUACUUUAUAACAUAGGGAACAAACAGUAGGAAGAAAGAAGGAAGGAAAGAAUGGAAGAUGUUAAAGCAAGGAAGAAAGAAAAUAACAAAGCAAUGAAUUGAGUUUCCCUUCUGCCACUCACUCAAGGUCAUAUCAAAUGAACAUUUCCCCCUUCACUUACUCAAAGAACAGUCAUUUCAACAAUAUUUUAUGAUACAGUUAUCUACUCAUUAGGUUCUUCAGGUAAUGGGUUUUGUAACAUUGGUCAUAGUUGCUGCCAAACUGAUCUCAGUCUUUGCCACUUUUUCUUUUUAUUGGAAGUGAUGACUUGUAGGGGAUAUCACAGAGGUUGACUGGUCACCUCUGAAUCAUGUUGUUGUAUUGGUGACCUUUCUGUUAAUAAAGUGACAAUUUUUAAUGUACAGUAACCAUUUUUGUGUGUACUUGGUAGUUUGCAUUUAUCUGUUUGUGUCUUUACAUGUUUUUAAUACAGUAAAAGUCCGUUUAAACGAACAGUGAUGAUCCGAAUUUUCCCAAUAGUAUGAAUUUUUAAGGUGGGUGAAAAAAUUGAUUUAUGGAUAAAAUUAGGUGCCAGAUGUACCAUAGCAAAGAAGGAUGGAAGUAAAUGCUGCUAUUGAUACUCCCCUAUCCUACUAAGUCCAUAACAAUAGACAUUGCAGUACAGUAAUGAAUUUUUGUAAAUGAAUAUGUUGUUUGAAUGACAUGGAAGUAUUGCAUGUUAUGUCCAGGACUUUGGUUGCAUGUGUGAGAAAUUGCACUGUUGUUUAUUGUAAGUGGUGCAAUAUAUUGGUGUUGAUGAUUAUAACUCAUUAGAAGAA